AUGAUCAAAGCUGCUCUGCCUACGAUGAAGAGUAGCAGGAAGGAUCGUGGCCCUGCUUCGAUUGCUUUCAUCCCUGAUGGUGAUGUAAUAGAUUGUGUUUUAUCUCACAUUCAACCAGCAUUUGAUCAUCCAGAGCUUCAAGGAAAGAAUCCCCUGGAUCCACCGAGAGACCAAAAAGCAAUUAAACAAGAGAGGCAGUGGCAGAGAGCUAUCAGCUCUGGGCAGAUUCAGAAGCUGGUUGACAGGGAUCAUGGCAUUUGGUAUAGAAUAUGCACAAUGGUUAUGGAAGAACUGGCAAGUUUGAUAUUGGAUGUGAAGAAUUUGAUAGUAGAAAUGCUUCAAGCUGCAAAGUCCCCAAAUAUGCUGUAA